GAAUCAAAACACUAACAAAAACAAAAAGCAUUCAUGUGCGUGAGCGAUCUCUCCUCUUUAGGCUUUAGCUAAGCUAACAACACGGCGGGAAACUGAUAUUUUUUUUUUUUGGUAAAAAAUAAAACCCCCUCCCUCCAAAACCAACAAAAAUUAAUCAUCUUCCCUUUGUCAAAAGCUUUAGGGUUUAGCUAACAUUUCCCUCUCCCGAAUUCCCCAAAAUUACUCUACUAGAAGAGUGUGUCGUAGAAAGUCAGUGAGUGAGAGAGCAAAAGAAUCAUCAGACCAGACUCUUUUGCUCUCUCCCAAAUCGGAAAUGGCAUUUCUCCAGAAGCAUAAAUUUCAGCGGCCACCACUCGGCCGCGAAUUCGAUGAAGAAGGAGAAGGAGGAGGAGAAGAAGAUGAUACGAAUAUCGAUAAUAGUCAUACAGCGGCAGCUCGUCUUCGUUACGUUUCGCUGGAACGUGUUUAUUCUGUCAGCGCUACUGGAUCUUCUAAUGUUAUGUCCAAGAAAGUUAAAGCUCGAAAACUUGUAGAAAAUCAUCAUCAUCAUCAUCACAAUCCUCUUGAUAGACCACCGAUUGUUUAUGUUUAUUCUCGUAAAAGACUGCACAAAUCGCCGUCGUUUUAUGAGACAUUGGUUGCACGCGCUGCUGAAUUAAGUAAUGUGGUUGUCAAGACCGAAAUUUGCGAUUCUGAGGAUACCAUUGGGGUUGAUUUUGAGCCGAAGGGGAAGAAGAGGAGGAGAAUUGGGAGUAGUGAGUUGGUGAAAUUAGGGGUUGAUGAUUCUUCUAGGGUUUUGAGCAGUCUUGAUAUGCCGAGAUUGAGGGACUGUCGAAAUUAUAAUGUAAAUAGUAAUAAUAGUGGGAAUUUAAAGAGAAAGAAGAGGAAUUUUGUACAGAAUUCUGAUAAAGAUAGGAUUUUAUUGCUGUCGCCUACUACUAAAAGAUGGGUCAGGCUGAACAUUGAUGGUGUUGAUCCAAAAAAGUUUAUUGGGUUGACAUGCAAGGUUUAUUGGCCAUUGGAUGCUGAUUGGUACUCCGGAUGUGUUGUUGGGUACACAUCAGAGACUAAACGACAUCAUGUUGAAUAUCAAGAUGGAGAUAAAGAGGAUUUGGUUAUUUCAAAUGAGAAAAUAAAAUUUUAUAUUUCACGCGAAGAGAUGGAGCAGCUGAACUUGACUUUCAGUAUAAAGAGCGCAGAUGGUGAUUGUUAUGAUUAUGAUGAGAUGGUUGCGUUAGCUGCUGUUCUGGAUGACUGCCAAGAUCUUGAGCCUGGGGAUAUUAUAUGGGCAAAACUUACUGGUCAUGCCAUGUGGCCAGCAAUUGUUGUGGAUCAAUCACUUAUUGGAGAACGUAAAGGCUUAAAUAAAAUUUCUGGAGAAAGAUCUGUGUUUGUGCAAUUUUUUGGUACCCAUGAUUUUGCAAGAAUUAAGCCGAAGCAGGUAAUCUCAUUUCUCAAAGGACUUCUUUCGUCGUUUCACCUGAAGUGCAGGAAACCUCAUUUCACAAGAAGUCUGGAAGAAGCAAAAAUGUAUCUGAGUGAACAAAAGCUACCAAGAAGAAUGCUACAGCUCCAAAAUAGCAUGAAUGCUGAUAGUUGCAAGAGUGCAAGUAGUGAGGAUGAAGGGAGUUCAGAUUCCAGUGAAGAUUGCAUAGAUAAUGAACGGAUCCAAAGAAUAUUGAGGGGUCUUGAAACUUCUCCAUAUGUGAUUGGUGACUUGCAAAUAAUAAGCCUUGGAAAGAUUGUCAAGGACUCAGAAUACUUCCAGAAUGAUAGAUUCAUUUGGCCUGAAGGAUAUACUGCUUUGAGGAAGUUUACUUCAGUAACGGAUCCAAGUGCAUGUACCAUUUAUAAGAUGGAAGUGUUGAGAGAUGCUGAGUCUAAGAUUCGGCCUCUAUUCAGAGUGACGUUGGAUAAUGGAGAACAGAUAAGAGGAUCCACUCCAUGCGCUUGCUGGGAUAAAAUAUACAGAAGAAUAAGGAAAUUGCAAUAUAGUGCUUCUGAUGGUUUUAGUGCUGAAGGUGUUGUGGAAAGAUUCUAUAAAUCUGGUUCUGACAUGUUUGGUUUUUCUAAUCCUGAAGUUAUGAAACUUAUAAAGGGAUUAUCAAAAUCCAGACUUUAUUCCAAAAUGUCUAUAUGCAAGUUAACCUCUGAAAGAUAUCAGGACUUACCUGUCGGUUACAGACCUGUCCGUGUUGACUGGAAAGACCUGGAUAAGUGCAAUGUCUGUCAUAUGGAUGAGGAAUACGAAAACAAUCUGUUCCUGCAGUGUGAUAAAUGCAGAAUGAUGGUCCAUGCCAGAUGUUAUGGAGAAUUAGAACCUGUGGAUGGUGUACUAUGGUAUUGCAAUUUAUGCCGUCCUGGCGCCCCAGACUCCCCACCCUGUUGUCUUUGUCCCGUUAUAGGUGGUGCUAUGAAGCCUACAACUGAUGGUCGUUGGGCGCAUCUGGCUUGUGCCAUAUGGAUACCUGAAACUUGCUUGUCUGAUAUCAAGAGAAUGGAGCCUAUUGAUGGGCUGAACAGAAUCAAUAAGGACCGCUGGAAACUCUUAUGUAGCAUUUGCGGUGUAGCUUAUGGAGCCUGCAUCCAAUGUUCAAAUAAUACUUGUCGGGUGGCAUAUCAUCCACUCUGUGCACGCGCAGCAGGCCUUUGUGUUGAGCUUGAGGAUGAAGAGAGACUCCAUCUCCUCUCCGUAGAUGACGAUGUAGAAGAUCAGUGCAUUCGUCUACUUUCCUUCUGCAAGCGGCACAAGCAGCCAUCGAAUGAGCGUCCAGUCACAGAAGAACGAAUUGGUCGGAUUACUCAUCGAUAUUCUGACUAUAUCCCUCCAUGUAAUCCCUCCGGCUGUGCUCGUAGUGAGCCUUACAAUUAUUUUGGAAGAAGAGGGAGGAAGGAACCUGAAGCCCUUGCUGCUGCAUCCUUGAAGCGCUUAUUUGUUGAGAAUCAACCUUACUUGGUUGGUGGUUACUGUCAACAUGAAUCAUCAGGCAUUACACUGCCCUCAAAUGGAGUUGAGGGCUCUAGAUUUUCUUCUAAUCUUCAAUGGCUAAAAACCUCUCAGCUUGAUGCUCCUAAUAACAUUAUAUCUAUGGCUGAGAAGUAUGAAUACAUGCGGCAGACCUUCCGAAAGAGAUUAGCUUUUGGUAAAUCUGGAAUUCAUGGAUUUGGUAUCUUCGCAAAGCAUCCACACAGGGCUGGAGACAUGGUGAUCGAGUACACUGGCGAACUUGUUAGGCCACCUAUAGCUGACAGAAGGGAACAUUUCAUAUACAAUUCUUUAGUGGGUGCUGGAACUUACAUGUUUCGUAUUAAUGAUGAAAGAGUCAUCGAUGCUACCAGGGCAGGAAGCAUUGCUCAUCUGAUUAAUCACUCAUGUGAGCCCAAUUGCUACUCAAGAGUAAUAAGUGUUAAUGGUGAUGAACAUAUAAUUAUAUUUGCCAAGAGAGAUAUCAAAAGAUGGGAGGAACUCACUUAUGAUUAUAGGUUUUUCUCAAUUGAUGAACAAUUAGCAUGUUAUUGUGGCUUCCCACGAUGCCGUGGUGUGGUUAAUGAUAUUGAGGCAGAGGAGCAAGUGGCAAAGCUCUAUGCCCCUCGCAAUGAAUUGAUAGACUUUAAAGGAGAAUAAAAGAAAAUUUCAGAGAGAUUGUUUCCUCUCCACGAUCAGCUCGUGUUCGCCUGCCAUUUUGUCAAGACGAAUGAGUUGUGGAGCUCUUGUAUCUGUCAUCCAUCUCUUAUCAGUUUCUCAUCUUAUUGCCAUAGUGCGAAAUAAUUGGUUCAGCUUCUUUUCGUCAACCUGUUCCAUCCUAUGGGCGGAGUACAUUAGCUUUAAAAAGAGGUUAAUGAAAACAACUUACUGAUUGAACUCAGACUAAUUCAUAGAAUAACUUAUUGAUUUUACUUGUCUCUCAAUCUGUUCAAUUUGUAACUUAUAUCAUUAAGUAGGUAGACUGAUAUUUGUAACUCUUUGUAAAAGCAUUUUUGAUUUUGCAAAUGAAAAGUCAGUUUCAGCGGAA